CGGUUAGUUUAGGAGCGAAAAGAAAUUGAAAAUAAAAAUGGAGCAAAAAAAAGGAAAUACUUACUUACAGUAUCAUUUACCAAAGCCAUUUCUGGAAAGGGAAAACCCUCUGCUCGUUCUCCAACCCAAUAUUUCUUCAAUACCCAAAACCAUAAUAAAAUUUAACAAAAACCCUCUAUCUGUAAAAAGGCCUACCUCUGUUUUUCAGUUCUUGUAAUUGGAGUUGGAUUCCCUGCCCAUUAUGGAAAGCUUUGGUGGGUCGGAGUUAGCUGUCGUUGGCUGUGCCGUAAAGAAGAAGAGGAGUGGCAUCUUACGACGUCCACGUGUUGCUGUGCAGACAUUUACACAUAAUUACAUUUUAUUGUCAUCACCAACACCAGCCAUAGGUUGUAGUGGCAAUGAAGAUCAAAAUUUUAAGAAUGGUUCUAAUGGAUUUGGAAGUGAGAAUAAGCUGAAACUUAAGCUCAAGCUUGGUGGGGUUACACGUACGAUCCACACAAACUCCACCGUGGAUCAUGCCUUUGAUGUUGAGCCUGGCUUAACUAAGUCUUCCCAUUUCUCCGAUGUUUCUCAAACACGAGAGAAGUCCUUUCUCCUGGGCAAGAAAGGCUCCUGUGUUUCAGAUAAGGGAGAAGGCUACGGAGUUCGAUGGAAGGAUUUAUCCCGAAGUGGCUCCGGUUAUGGAAAGGGGCAUUCCUCUAGGGGAAAAGCAACUGGUGUAUGUGUAGCUGGGAAUGAAAAUGACAGACACGAGCCAACUCGUAAGAGCAAACGGGUUCCUAAGAGGCGUGUAUUGGAUGUUGGUAUAAAUAGUGAUGAUGAUGAUGAAGAUGAGGAAAUCCGUUAUCUAGGGAGACUAAAUGCUUCAAAUGGUCACUUGAACCUUAAAGAUGAAGAGGAUGAGAGAAAUGGGGGAGAAGGUGCUGCUUUUGAGGAUAGAGAUUAUGUGGAAGAAGACGAGUGUAUAUCCGAUGAUGAGCCUGGAUCUAAAAGGAAGAAGCUGGGAAGGGGAUCAGUUGAUUUGUUUGUCGAAGGAAGAACCGAAUCAACUCCCACUACACGAAAUCGAGCUCUUCAGUCUGGGAAAGAUCUCUUAUCUGGUCCGGGUGCGACUCUUGUUGAGUUCCCUGACGGUUUACCUCCUGCGCCAUCUAAAAAACAAAAGGAGAAACUUUCCGAAGUGGAGCUACAGUUGAAGAAGGCCGAGGCUGCGCAGAGGCGUAGAAUGCAGUCUGAGAAAGCAGCCAGGGAUGCUGAGGCUGAGGCAAUCAGAAAAAUACUUGGUCAAGAUUCCGCAAGAAAGAAAAAAGAAGAUAAGAUGAAGAAGCAGCGGGACGAAUUGGCACAGGGAAAGGCAACCAAAUCCGAAACUCUCGCAUCUAACACGGUGAGGUGGGUUAUGGGUCCUGGUGGAACGACAGUUAUAUUUUCAGAAGAUAUCGGUCUACCACAGUUAUUCAAUUCAGUGCCAUCUGGUUAUCCACCACCAAGAGAAAAGUGCGCUGGUCCGAAUUGUACAAAUGCAUACAAGUAUCGAGAUUCCAAGUCGAAGCUUCCACUAUGCAGUCUUGAUUGCUACAAAGCAAUACAUGCAAAGGCUCAACCUUUAAUUGCAUGUUGAGAUGAGUUCUUUCGAUUUCCCAGAUUGAUGCGGAAAUGUUAUAUCAUUCGUGAGAUGAGAAUCGAAGGUGACCAUUGAUCAUGUCAUUUUUCACUUCUAAUGUUCGAGCUUGAGCUCGAGCUCCUACAUAGUAACCAAGCUCGCUCACUUUUGUAAUUGUACUCAUUCCAACGGCUUGUUUGUUUGUGGACAAUGUAUUCAUGCCUCUAACCACAGUAAUGAAAGCUCCAUUUCUCUUUUCA